AAGCAUACAUGCAUCAGGUUGCCAAGAUAUGUUGGUUGAAACCAUUCAAAAUCAGUGAUUUUGCAGCUAUAGAAAGCCAUUUUUCUUGCAAACGUUUGGCUGAUGGCUCGAAGAGAGUUCAAGUCCCACAUUUUCUCAACCCACAGCUUUAUGACGAUGAUAAGAAGGGAAGGAAGGUUCGAAAACGGCGUUGUACUGUGCUUGUGAACUGAUCAAACGCGUCUUUCUGGACAUUGUUGUUGUUACUCUAGACCUUUUACAAAUUUCUUGUUUUUAUUCUUGUCAAAUCAGAAGGGCACUUGGCUGAGGGGGUCCAAAUGGCUGGUAAUUUCUUACGUGGUGGAGUUACGGGCUGAUGUGCUUAAACAUAUACCUUCAUUUAUUCUCUAUCAAUACAGGGGAAGUGAAAACAUUUGAUGAACAACUUAUCAGUCUAUUGCCUUCCUCUUCUUUAAAAUAAAUUAUCUUCCCGUAAUUUAAUUUAGUGUUACUCCGCUGGUUAUUUUAUGAUUGGUGGAUUGUAAAUUGCACUUGGGAGGAUCUUUGUAUCAGUAGGAUUCAAUGAUUUUUUUCAAUGAGAUCUACUUAUUUAAGGAUUUCAUUUUAUU